AUUUAUUAUAUCAAUAAAUUCUUAAACACAUCCGAAAUUACUAAAACAAUAAUUUCGCGACGCGUGGCCGAGCAUUAUGAAACGGAAAGAAACUGGGUCAAAACCAACUCAAAUCUUUCACAAUGGCGGAGAAUUUUGAAAGGGCUGCCAAUGCUCGCAAGAAGAAACUCCCUUCCAUGGAUUGUCUUAUUAGGCAAGGUAAUGAUAUUUUAGAAAAGCGAAAAAAGAGAAGAAAGCCUAUUCAUUAUGAGUAUAGCACGGAUCCAAAAACUGGCCAACGGAGUUGCAAAAAUACUUACAAUCCAAAGUAUUAUAAUCGCGAUGAUACCGCCUCUAGUUCAAGAUCAAAAAACUUAGAGGAACACAGCGAUAAUAUUUUCCAAGAACAAGAACCACCAGAAGUAAGUUUAUUGGAUCGUGAAUCAGAUAUGGAUGUAACGACAAACGCUGUAGAGGAUGUGACAAUGAAUGAUAUCCUUGAAGAAGCAAAAGGAUUAUUAUGUAACUGGAAAUGUGGUGGUCAGCAAAAGAAACGAACCUGGCAUGAAAGACAAAAUUCCCUUUAUGAAAGCUGGGAGGAAGUCAGAAGUAGUUUAAUCGAAGUUUUGCUGCAAACUAAAUUUUCCAUUGGCAUUUUUGAUGAAUUGUUAUGCGAAAGCUGUAAAGAUGCCAUGGCAGUUAUUGGAUGUCAAGACUGCAUUUCACAUAGAUAUGUCUGUGGGGAUUGUGAUGAGGAGAACCAUAAGAACCAUCCAUUUCAUGAUCGAGAUGCAAUUUUGAAUGGUUUUCAUGAACCUAUUCCUCCAACAGCCUCAAUUAACAGCAAACUGGAAUGGAUUACUGUUGAACGGUCCCUUCCAUUUGGUGAUGUUAUUUGUCCCACAUGCCUAUUUCCUUGCAAUAUUUUAUAUGAUGAGAAGGGUAUGGGUUGCAUUGCUGUAACAUUGAAAGGUAGAUUCGACAUUAGUCACACAAAAUAUGAAUGUAAACAAUGUGACAAUGUUAUUUCAUCAACAAGUCCCCAUGUUUUAAUACAGCUGGGGUUUUGGCCUGGAACUAUUCGUGACAUGACAUAUGUAUUUCACCAAGAUCUCUUUCAUUUCUGGGAUAAUUUACAGAAGAUUGUUCCUGGAAUUUCUCAAAAUAGUUUUGUGAAAUCACUAGAAAUGUUUUCGAUACAAAAAGGGCGGAUGGGAACAAUUAACAGCAAAACAUUUGGUAGCUCUUUUCGUGAAUGGAAAUAUUGCCAAUAUGAAUUGAACAAACUACGGCAUAUUAACUGGAUGGAGUGCCCUGCAUGUGAACAGCAGCAACACUCCGUUCACAUGGAUGGUAACAUGAAACUUUAUCGGUACAAAUCUGCUGGGAUGAAAAGAGAUUGCUACUAUGGAGAUGCUUUUAUUGCUUCAAAUGAAAAAGUUCAACAUCAUCUCUGUAAAAUUUACAAAAAAGGAAAGGAAAAGGUCACAGAUGAUUCUAAGUGUGGCGAUUCUAUUUGGCAUGCUGCUGGAAAUACUUUGAAGAAAAAGAAAAUUGUUGAUGAAACUGGGCUAGAAAUUGCUGGCUGUCGUCACAGUGUUGCCCAGCAUGCAGUUAGCAUGAACACGGAGAAGUGUAUGGCUAUGCACAUUAUAUGCAAAAGGAAUAUUACCUUCGUCGUACAACACAAUUCUUCUGGUAUGAUGUCAUCUGCAAGUAUUGGCCUUGGCUGUGUUAUUUGGGGAGGGCGAUGGCAAGAUGGCGCUUCUGCAACAACAGGAGAGGAAGUAGAACAGAUUAACAGUCAUUUCUCGCGGUUAGGGUGCACUACCAAGCAUAUGUUACCUGAAGGACGAGAGGAAUUGCUGACUGAACAUGCACUGGAGUGGAAUAAAAGAAAAAUAACCAAACUGUCAAGUAUUCUUGCGAAAAGAUAUACAAAAGCUAAAGAUAAAACCGCCAUCAUGCAGAAAGAAUUAGAAAGCAUGUCAGAGAAACUUGAGUGUGAUCCAACAACAUUACAGAAAUGGAAAGAAGAUAUAUUUGACGCUGCUAAACUGGAUGAAAAAUCGAGAAAUAAAAGAUAUUCCAUAACUCCGGAGGAAAUGAAAUACAUAUGUCAUUUGCUCACAUUAGAUGUGUUAACGCCAAAAGAGAAGGCCUUGUUUGACGUUGCUGAAAAGAUUUAUAAGGAAAAAUCUAAACAGUUUCAGCCCAAGAUCUGUCGCAAUUAUUCCUUUGGUGAAGGUGUUUUAAAAAAUAAAUCUUUGGAAUAUUUGAGAUACAAUAUGGAAUUCCAUCAUAACGCGAUCUCUCAUCUGGCAUUUAACAUUGCAAAACUUGCAGACGAACCGCUAAGCAACAUAGAAGAAAUUUUAAAUGGAAAGUUUCCAUGGAAUUCUCGGAACGAGCCAGUUGAUGAGUUGCCUUUGGUAACGAGACGAUCUGUGGUGGAUAAGUUGAUGGAAAUUCAACGGUUUCAGGAGGAAAUCGAAGUUACUAAAAAGGAAAUGUUCCAAUACCUUGAAUAUUACACCAAGAAAUGCCUUCCGGCACUUUAUAGCGAACUUGCAAAAUUGGAAAACCUGCUGCAAGGUAAAAGUCGCAGCCAAUGUGGUGGUGAACAGCCUGUUCUUGCGGUGGAAAGUGCUGUGUGUGUGGCAAAAACCUAUUCUACAAGCUCAGUCAAAAGGACCAUUGUCAGAGGAAAGCUUGCCUUG